GUAAGGACGUCUUGUGGGAGUGUACAAGUACUGCGACUGCUGCUGUGUGUUACUAUGUCUGAAACGAUCUACCUAAUAGGACAAAGGGACAUUUGAACGUCGACGUUGCAACAUCGAAACUAAACAAACGAGAAUCGCGACAAUGACCCCACAAUGCAACUCGGCCCUACUUUACACGAAACAACCCCUUUUAACGCAAAGCAGGCCUGUGACUGUGAUUAGUAGUAAUGGGGCUGUUAAAACCAAGGAGAAACCGAAAAACACGAAGGAAAGACUGAAGAACAAAAUAAAAUGUGUAAUAGUGGGUGACCAGGCGGUUGGGAAAACCUCUCUGGCAGUGUCUUAUAGUAAUGAUAGUUUUCCUAGUGAAUAUGUUCCUACGGCGUACGAUAAUUAUAACGUUGAAGUACAGGUGGAUGGAAAGCCAAUCAGGGUGGAGCUCUGCGAUACAGCUGGAGAGGACGGACUCAACCCUUUGCGCCAUCUGUGUUACCCAGGAACUGACGUUUUCAUGCUGUGCUUCUCAAUAGUGAAGCCUAACUCCUUUAUUUCCGCCUGCACCAGGUGGGCGGACGAACUCACUAGACAAGGUGCCGCUGUCGUCUUAGUGGGUACACAAUCAGAUCUCAAAACCAACAUAGAAGUCAUCAACAGACUUAGGGAUGUCGGUCAAAGACCGGUUCUAUCCUCGGAAGCCAAGGGUUUGGCGGAGAGGCUCAACGCACCAUACAUAGAGACGUCCGCGCUGGCGUGUACACACCUCAAGGAGGCCUUCGAUAUAGCCAUCUUGAGGGCCUUAGAAAGGCAGAGGAUGAAGAAGAGAUUUUGGAAAAAGCUGUGCUGUGUUCGAUAGGGAUUUGAGGGUUUUUUUUGCUCUGUAUAUAGUUUGUCUCGAUAAGUUUCAUUUAGCAAAUUGCAGGUCGAGCCAAAAUUUCUGUCCAAAAGAAAAUUGGCAAUAUCCCAAAUUUCAAUCGAAGUACAUGUCGAUAUUUUUUCGAACAAUAUUACAUCCAGUUUAUCUAAAAAUGCUCGAGAGUUGAAUGUCCUUUUUGAGUGCCGGAUUUAUUCUUAGGCAGAGCCGAGCGUGUUGUAUUUUGGGAAAAGUUUACAAAAUAACCACUACCACUACACUAUACGGUAAACGGAGACUUUCUGUUUUAAAUAAAUUUCCAACAGCACUAAUUCAUAUUUCGCAUUUAACAAUCACAAAAGAACUUAUUUCAUAUAAAUUAGCACACUAUCUUAACAAUGAAUUAAAACGACCGAAUCUGUCGUCGAGGAAAAUGCGCGCGAAUAACCUACACAGACGUGAUAUUAUAUAUAGGGUGCUUGCAAAUAUGAAAAGAGGAUUUUUAGCCGUAGGUAGAUUGCGUUAAUAAUUAGCAUUUUUCUUUUCCAAUUGUAACAGAUGAAAAGACAAAGAGAUAUAUCUCUUAAGGUAUGGAAAUACCCAUGAAAACUGCAUGAUUUUAUGUUCAUUUACUUAUUCAUGAAAUAUUCCCUCCAAGUUUGUAAAUACCCUAUAUGUGAGUAGAUACCUAAAUGUCGAAUGUACCCUAGUGCCUUAUUAAUUUGCUACAACAAACAUGUGUACAUAUGCGUAUGUGAAAUGUUUGUAAACGUUGCGUCCUCCAAGUUUUAUUGCAGCAGCGCACGUUAAGAAGCAGUAAAAUCAUAGAAAAACCACACUGCACAUGACACUUUACUUUCGUAAAAAUCAAUGUAUUGUCUUUCAUACGUAAUACAUAAGAAAAAAAAUCAAACCGACACAUUUGCUAAAAAGUGAGAAAUUUUGGAAUUAAAUACGAUACGAUGAUUUUAUCCUGCCUUUCAUUUAGUUCAACUCUUGAGAAUUUUUUUUAAUUUCUUUGGUAUGUAUUUUUUAAUCUAAUGAAUAUCACGUAGCAUGGAACUUUUGUCUUUUGGAAAAACAAUAAAUUCAAUCAGAUAUUUAUAAUUCCAAGUAGUCGAAUGUACAUCAAAAGAUUAUCUCUGCAAUACAGGAUAAUGGUCCAAUAGCAACCGGUAUAACACUAAGUGUAUUUGCUGUAUUUUCCAUAAUACCGUAAUUAAUCAUCAUUUCAACUCGACUGGUAAUUAUUUAUUAUUUUAUUUUAGUAAACUGUACAUUCUCCUUCUUGGUAUUAAGGUUAUUGAUUGAUUUUUAAUAUAGGCUUGCUUUGCGUGAGGUAUUUACAUUAUCAUUUUUUGUUAGCAAUAAAAGUCAAAGGUGUCUUUUCUAUCUAAUCUAAUUGUGAUCCAGCCGUCGACUUGUAUUAUUUAUUAGUACAUUGUUGAGUAAAUUCGGCCGUAACAGAAAUUGUUUGUCUGUUGACGGAAACAGUAACAUAUUUUUCAAAAUACCUAGGUAUGUACAUGGAGAUUUAAAGGAAAGUGCAAGUACUGCAACUGUAAAUCAAAGCCUUUAUUAUAAAAAUCUUCUCUGCAUAUUUCUGCUCAAACAUUACUUACAACCCUUCAAGUGUUAAGUGUUAACGCAUUUGGUUAUUUUUGCCCAAAAACUAUUACAGUAGAACCUUGAUAAUCCGAACUAAUUGGGACCGGGGGUGGUUCGGACUAUCGAAUCGUUCGGAUUACCAAACAAAGUGCUUUCCAGGCAAAGUAGCAUGCAAAAAUGAACACUGACAUACUAUUUCCCAUAAAAUAUGGAGCACGUUGUAUUGUUAAAGGUACAAAAUAGUUUUUUUAUGAAAUACAUACUACUGUGCUACAGUAAGGUAACUAUAUUUUAUGUUUACUGUAGCAGUUAGAGAGCGAUUCUGAUUACAUACUAUUUUUAUUUUUCCCAAAACGGCGUUCGGAUUAUCGAGCGUUCGGAUUACAGGGGUUCGGAUUAUCGAGGUUCUACUGUAUAUGAAAUUUUGGCUAACAAAUUAUGUAGGUAUCUAUGAAGGACCUUAGAGAAUGCACGUUUUUCAACCACAUACUUUUUUUGCCAGUAUGUACAUUGUUGUUAACAUUUCAAUCCAAAAAAUAAAACAAUUAGGUAACUUUUUGAUGGAUGCUCGCAUUAUAGAAUAUCGUAUUUCAAUAUUUGCACUUUACUUUAAAUCACUCCGUGAGGCAAAUCUACGCAUUUAACUAGACUGAUGAAAUUAGGUUAUCCCAAACAUGGACCAUAAUGUUUUUAGUCAAAGCAAUACCACAUGCACAUUUUUUGAGUGCAUCAUGAUCUCGGUUGUCUUAAAAGUUAUAAGGUGCGUCAAGUUAGGGCAAAGUUGCAGAAUUUAAUGGUGAAUAACAUACCAAAGAAAAAUUUUAUCCGUGUUCAAGUUAUCUGUGAAAAUUUUAUUUUAAUUCUUUUUUUGCAAAAUACAUACAUUUCUGCUGAAAAAUUAGUGAUAUAAUAUAACUUACAAUUAGCGGUUUCUUCCAUUUCCUUCCUGUGCAGAAAAUAUACAGGGUGCUUCACAACUUAUCCAAAAAAAUUUGGGAAUAGAUGUGGCAUGAGAUACAGAGUC